GAGGCGGAAUGCACACGACAUUCACAUGCUUAACGAAAACUCAUUUUCUUGCAAAAUUUAAUUUCCAGUUCGUUUCAAACAAUUUUGUCUCUCUCUCCCACAGCCACUUCCUCCUCUGUUGUUUUGCCUUCCCCUAUUUUGGUCGCCUUCCCUUCCCCUCUCUCUCUAUAUCACAGUGCUUUGCUCUGUGUAAAAGGGCUGAGCUUCGGUUCUCUUUCUUCUACCCAUUUAUUGAUUCAGGUUGUUGACCCAGUUGCUCUUUUGUGCUGGUGACUAAUGUGACAAGUGCUGUUAAUCAUCAUCAGAAGUGAAAACCGGAACAAUUUCUUGUACUCUCCUGCAGUGAAAGCUCCUUGAUAUCCAGAAUAUGGAGGACGAGAAUGGACUUGAGCUUAGCUUGGGUCUAGGUUUUGGUGGAUCCUCCUCCAAAUCUAAGGGUAAAAGUGAAAGCUCCUUGGAUAUUAGGAUAGAAGAUGAGAAAGGAAACAAACCGAAAAACGAUUUGAAUGUUCUUCUUAGCAGUAGCUCUCAGAAGCAGGAGUCAAGCUCUGGAUCUCAUUCUCAGAGGAACGAUUCGAUAAAGCCACAAGAGAACUUCUUCCUUGACCUCACCAGUAGAAAUGCUGAUGCUGAUGCAUCCAUAAGCCUCGGUGCUCGGGGUCUUUGGGCAGGAUCUAGUAAUAAUAGAUCCACAGAAAUUGAAGAAGAGAAAAGGAGUGAAGGGAUUGUUAACAAACGUAAACUUGAUUUUGAGGACAUAAGCGCUCAGAAGAAGCCGGAAAGAGAUGCUAACCGGGUCGAUUUUCAUGACAAGAGAACAUCUCAUGUUUCUCUAAUGGAAGAAGGAUCUACUGCUGAAAAUGAAGUUGUAGCAGAUUCAGAAGUCGAAGGUUCAACCUCGAGGUUUCUUGAUGAGGGCUCCAAGCAGCGGUUUGUAGGAGUUGGUGGUCCAGAUGCUCCAAAGGAGUUUCAAAGGUUUCCUGAUGUGAGUACCACGGAGUUGCAUGGUCAAAGAAGGCCUAUUGGUUUGCCUGAAAAUGAAUCUAAACACGGGAUGAAUUUUGGGGUCCCGUUUUCAGUCCAACCAGCAAACAUCAUGAGCAUGUCCUACCAAUAUCCAACGAAAGAUUCCAACCCAGUUGGCGCAAGCAUGACGCCAGUAGUUUCUACAUCAAAUGGCGACCAGCGAAUGGCGGUCCACGCAACGAAUUCAGGCAGUUCAUCAAUAGCUUUCGGCUACUCGCCUGUGCAGCUUCCAACUCUGGAUAAAGAUAAUUCGUGGGGCUUGAUUUCUCAGCAUCAACAUUUUCAUCCUCCUGCAACCUUGGAUAAUAAACACCAUGAAGGACUCAGAAUUUCUAAAGCCAUGCAAAUAAUUGGCCGAAACCCCUCUGAGGCUGCACAAUAUGACGCAAGAGUGUUCGAUCGGCCCAAAGGUGAUGGUGGCAAACAACAUGGUGUAGAUCAAGAAGGCUCCUCCUCUCAGGCCGAAGAUGAAGGAAAGGGCAGCAGCAAACCAAACCGUCGAGCAGCACCAGAAGACGGGUUGUCUCAUGACUUCUCAGCCAUAAAGCCGGGAAUUUCUCCCGAGGUAAAGAUUGGAGGCUGCGGGUCCUACCCAAACCUACCAUGGGUUUCCACCAAGGCUCCAGGCCCAAACGGUAGGACGAUAUCAGGCGUGACUUACAGGUUUAGCCCUAGCCAGAUAAGGAUCGUAUGUGCUUGCCACGGUACGCACAUGUCCCCAGAGGAAUUCAUCCGCCAUGCGAGCGACGAGAAUGUCUCCACGGGAGACGGUAACAAUGGUGGGUUAGCGUCGGCAUUUCCAGGUAUCAACAACCCAUCUGCUUCUGCUCAUAGCUGAGAGUGUGUAAUGAACAGACCGAACACGUUGUUGUUAACCACGGAGAAGAAGUAGACGAUAGGGUAUCAGUUCAAGUAACCAGCUUUUGUAUACUGUUAGAGAUCCCCAUACUCCAUUUUUUUUUUUGUUUCCUCCUUGCUUUGCUUGCUGCGUCAUUUCAAAUUGUUGUGGUGUUGAUAUAGUUGUUGUGAUGAUACUCAUCUGUCUGUUACUCGCUGCAACGAGUGUGUUGCGGGUUUGUGCUGUUCUCUAAUUGACAUGAGUAAACGUUGUGGCUAUCGUGACUCGUAAGGAAACUCGGAAGCAUGAUUACCAUGCAGAGGUU